AUGCUUCCUAUCGAACGCUGUCCCGUAGAAGUCUUCACUGAGAUCAUUCAUUACCUGGUUCAUUUUGAAUCUCCUGCCAAGAGGCUUUGUCUUCUGCUCGUAUCCAAAGCGUGGCGGGAUGCCAUCUUGAACACAAAGUCGUUCUGGAGCACGAUCCACCUCCGAGGAGAUAACGGCGAGAAGCAGUGGCUCCAGUUGUCUCUCGACAAAGCUCAUGGUGCUUCCCUCCAUAUCCAUAUCAACUUCGACCACAUCCCUCACCUGGAUUUCACAACCUUCCUCCACCACGCUUCCAACAUACAGUCGUUGACAUUGACAUACCUAUUCAGAUGGCACCUGCACGCUCUCAAUACGUUUCUCUCCUCCGACACAUUCCCUUCUUUGAAGAAGUUGAGCGUGGAGGGGGCUGAGGACGCCUGUUGGAAACAGGUCUCCAGAGAGGCUGCGCCAGUGAAGCGCCUUGUUCUGAACAGGACGAACAUCCCAUCCCUCGAGACACUGCACUUGACUGAGCUCAAUCACCUCGCUGAUCCAUCUUUCUUUGAGCACCUUCGGGUGCUUUCGCUUUCCCGCCCCGGAAUGGUUGAUUCCUUUACGGACUUCAUGAACACCCUCCGCGCAAUGACGCACCUCCGAUCUCUCGAGUUCGGCAGCCUCCACGUCAGCCCAGACGCUCUUUCCUGGGAUCAUCCAAGCCCCGUCACUCUGCCGUCGCUCACGCAUUUCAAGAUAUGCGACAGUACCCCGUUCGAGCUCACCACACUAUUUUCCUACCUUUUCAUCCCUCGCGCGACCAACGUCGACAUCCAUUACCUCGCCAGUGUCGACGCCCAUGGCCGCCAGGACGUCGGCGGUCAUCCGACCCGCAUCGCGGACAUCCUUCCUUCCCUGCGCGGCACCAAUGUCCUCCCGAUGCUUUCGUCGCUCACGGAUAUCGCCCUCGUCUUCCAAGAGUUCCGCUGCCAGAUCUGGGGCAGUAGUCCGGGGCACCAGCACUCGAUCAACGUCUCAUACGAAGUCAAGACUCCCCCCGAGACUGCGGCGGCGCGAGUCCGCGACUUCGUGGUCCGAGACCUCGCCGAUAUCGUCCGCGACUGCCCUGCCGUGACACACAUUGAGGUCUCCCCGGCCUUCACCCUUACCACCCACCAAUGGCGGACGCUCCUAGGCCAGCUCCCGCGCCUCAAGGAGCUCUGCUUCGAAGGGUGCGGCCCGCUCGUACCGCUGUGGACCGCCCUCGACCCGGGAAGGAGGUCCGCCGCCGACGAAGACGUGCUGUGCCCCGCCCUGCGCGCGGUCGCGCUGCGCGAUUGCACCCCGACGCGGAGCCCAUGGGAGCACGAGGCGCUGAGGCGCAAGGGAAUCAUCGUCACCCCGCCAGCGCCCCGGAUCGAGCUCUGCGUCGACGCGCUCUCGAACAUGCUGCGGGCGCGCGCAGAGCGCGGGGUGUCCGUCGCCAAGCUCGCGUACGUCGCGGCGCCGCGGAUGAGGGAGCUGGAGGAGUUCCGGACGGUGUGGCGAGGGGAGCACACGGCUGCGCUUGCGGAGCACGUCGCGGACGUGGAGAUCAAGACGAUGUACAAGGAGAUAGAGGGGGACGAGGCAGAAGCUACGUGGAGAGGGGGAUAUACACAGAGGUGCCAUAGGAGUACGACUUCUUAA